AUGUAUGAUACCAAUAUAGCUAAAACAGGGAAGUUCCAUCGAUGGAAGCAGUUUUGGUUGAGUGGUGCUUGCAAAAAGGUCACGACCUUGGGAAACACAAACAAGACACUGGGCGUGAAAAACUUCAUUAGUGCCUUCAUUUUGUUGCUCUGUGGGAUGCUUCUUUGUGGCGUGAUAUUUCUUAUGGAACACUUCUUCUACAGUUAUGUACGGCGUCUCAUUCAAAGAUCUGGCGAUAAUGGCUGCUGUGCCGCGACUGUUAUGAAGCUACCUAAAAUCAUCAACAUGGAUAAUGAAGAGUUGAGAAAGGAGACACUUAAUUUGAAGAACAAAAGACACCAAGAGGAGUGCAAGAAUUCAGUCUGUCUGAACGAACGAUAUCGGAGCAAACAGGAGAUUGCCAAAAUGUCCCGUCACCUUCGAUUUUUGAAUGACGUGGUGACUGCCAAAACUGAAAACCUUGACGAUCGACAAGGAAGAAAUGAAGCUGCACUUCCCUCCAGUCCAAUAUCAGCUCGAAGGUCUCACAUGAACACCACAGAGCCCUGUACUGUGAUAAGGAUACCCCGAAAAUCCUGGUCGAACGAAAGCUACUUCAAUCGCAAAAGCUAUUUUAUUCACGCCAGACCCCAAUCUUCACAGAACCUGCAAAAAUCGCCGGCAAUUCUUCGCGUCCCUCAAAAGUCUCAUUUGAAAUCAGUGACAGAUUUAGUCGAGGAAACCAAACAACAGACAAAACCGGAUUCAUACGGAAAGGCUGAAGAGUGUAAAGAACUUGCUAAUUUUGCUCAGAGCACCACGCCGCAAAUUGUUUCACCCGUUCCACAGUUAGACAGCAAAACUUCGAAGGAAUGUGUUGAAAAAGAGUCUGUCCUAUAG